AUGGCUGACGACGCCGAGGAAGCCUUCUUCCAGUCGCAAUCCAUGAACAAAGACUUUGAAGCUUCCGCUGCGCCCGAGAACCAACUCGCAGCGGAUGCCGACGAUGACGAAUAUGAUCACUCGAACACACUGGACGAUCAACCCGAGGCUUCGGAUCCCGACGCCCAACUGAACCAAGCUUCCGCCGAAAUGUCCGCUGCCAAUCCUCCUGACACCUCAGACAUGGCGACCGGUGUCGACAGCGACACCAAAGAUCCUUCCGUGGCCACCCCACCCGCUGAGUCUCAAACGUCCACGCCUGUACCACCUGCGGACGCACCGGCACAGUCUCGGCCCCGAACGAUUGGGGGAUUUGACGUCGACAGCCAGGAUGAAGAUUAUGGCGAAGACGAAGAAGCGGACUAUGAGCCGCCGGCAGUGCUGGAAGUUGAUGUCUCAAAUGCCAUGUCCCAAGAGCCAAGUUCAGGAAAUGCCAAUCAAAACACUUUCCCUGAUGUAUCGUCGCAGGCGACGGUGCAGGGCUCUGCAAACGUGCCAGAUGUUUCCAAUAGUUCUUAUUCUUCUGUUCCUCCCUCAAAUAUUGAUCCGUCUACUGCUCAAGCUCAGUGGGCUUCGCACGAAGCAAGCCUGCAGAACAGUAUCGCUCCUACUCCUGUACCUGGCUCUCCUUCCACCACAAAGGGUCGCCUGCCUCAUGACCAUGUGGGAAUCUUGCAAGACCGCGUGAGCGAAGAUCCUCGGGGAGACACUGCGGCCUGGCUGGAACUCAUCGCGGAGCACCGAAGCCGCAAUCGAAUCGACAGCGCGCGGGAGGUCUAUGAGCAAUUCGUGGCAGUGUUCCCUAUGGCGGCCGACCAAUGGCAGGCAUAUGCUGCGAUGGAGUCUGACUUGAAUGAGCUUUGGAGAUUGGAACAAAUCUUCAGCCGAACCCUUUUCGUGCUCCCCAGUGUCAGACUUUGGUCGUAUUAUCUUGAUUAUGUCCGCCGCAAGAACCCUUUGACGACGGAUGACAGCGAAAAGGCCCGGCGAACUAUCAAUGGCGCCUACAAUCUCGCGCUCGACUACGUUGGUGUCGAUAAGGACAGUGGUAACAUCUGGUCCGACUAUGUUGAGUUUAUCCGUUCGGGCCCUGGUCAUGUUGGAGGCUCUGGAUGGCAAGAUCAGCAAAAAAUGGACCUACUGAGGAAGGCUUAUCAAAAGGCCAUCGGUGUCCCCAUGCAGUCUGUGAACGCUCUGUGGAAAGAGUACGAUCAGUUUGAGAUGGGUCUCAACAAACUUACCGGCCGAAAGUUCCUGCAAGAGCAAUCGCCGUCAUAUAUGACCGCACGCAGCUCCUACAUCGAAUUGCAGAACAUCACACGGGAACUGAUCCGCACUACUGUUCCUCGCCUACCUCCCGUUCCGGGAUCCGAAGGUGACGUUGAAUUCGCUCAACAGGUGGACGUUUGGAAACGUUGGAUUGCCUGGGAGAAAGGAGAUCCGCUGGUCCUCAAAGACGAGGACGCUGCUGCCUUCAAGGCCCGCGUCGUCUACGUGUACAAGCAAGCUCUUAUGGCUCUCCGCUUCUUGCCUGAGAUCUGGUUUGAAGCUGCCGACUUUUGCUUCUUAAACGACAUGGAAAAGGAAGGCAAUGCUUUCUUGACCCAAGGAAUCGAGGCGAACCCCGAAAGUUGCCUGCUUGCCUUCAAACAAGCCGAUCGCCUCGAAGUCACGUCGAGUUCCGAGCAGGACUCUUAUAAGCGAGCAGGCAUAGUUCGGGCCCCUUAUGACAAGUUGCUGGAUUCUCUUUACGGCCUGAUCAACAAGGCCCAAACUCAAGAGACGAAUGAUGUUUCGCGGAUUGAAGAAACCUUCGCAAAGGAGAACCCAGAUUACAACCUGGCACAAAAUGACGAUGAUGACGAUUUUCAGGGCGAACUCAAGAAGAAGCAAGCAGCUAAGCAGGCACAAAUCGACGCUGUACGCAACGCCCACUCUAUCCAGAUCACGGCUCUUUCCAAAAUCAUCUCUCAUGCCUGGAUUGCAUUGAUGCGUGCUAUGCGCCGCGUCCGGGGCAAGGGCACACCAACCGACGAUCUUGGAUCUCGUUUGAUCUUCUCAGAGGCCAGAAAACGUGGCCGAAUCACCAGCGAUGUCUACAUUGCGAGCGCUCUGAUCGAGUACCAUUGUUACAAGGACGGUGCGGCAACCAAGAUCUUUGAACGUGGCUCAAAGCUAUUCCCCGAAGAUGAACAGUUCGCCCUUGAAUACCUGAAGCAUCUGAUCGACAUCAACGACAUUGUCAAUGCGAGAGCCGUAUUUGAGAUGACUGUCCAACGGCUGGUAUCCAAGGCAAAGACUCUGCACAAAGCCAAACCCAUUUUUGCCUUUCUACACGAAUACGAGUCUCAGUACGGCGAUUUGGUUCAGGUAAUCAACCUGGAGACCAGAAUGCGCGAGCUGUGGCCUGAAGACACCUCGCUGGAGAAGUUUUCGCAUCGCUACAUCACUCCCUCAUUUGACCCCAUUUCGGUGCGACCCAUUCUCUCGCCUACGCAAACCCGGCCCAAAUAUCAGUAUUCCGACGCCGCAGCUGAAGCUCUGACUUCCCCUGCGCCUGGACAAUUCAACCCACCCUUGAGUUCGCCCAAGCGGCCCUAUCCCGGUGACGACUUUGACUACGACUCUGAUCGACCCCGCAAGUUUGCUCGAGCAGACUCUCCUCUCAGGAGUACUCAGGGUCGUCGCGUUGACCAACAGAAGCGGGCCCCGCAUUUGAACGGUCAAGCCCACUCUCAGUACAAACCGCAAGGAUCUCCGGCCCCUCUGCCUCGGGCGGUGGUUGAGCUCCUCAGCAAGAUUCCGCAUGCUUCCGCCUACAACAUCUGCCGCUUGUCCCCGGAAAAGAUGAUCGAUCUUAUCCGCAACACGGCCAUUCCGGCGAGCACUGCUGAGAUCCCACUUCCGGCCAAUGUGCGAAACCUCGGUGCAGCCCAGGCUGCGAACCCACAAGGAGGUAAGUUCAACGUUUGGUCCUUUUCGUACUUGAUCGGGUGGUUUUCCCCGCCGUCCAGCGUCCUGCGUUCAAACUCCACGCACUCAAAUCCCAUGUCCUCAAAAUGCCAGAACCCAAGUCCUCGGGAUUCCCGGCCUUACUGUUCUGCUUCUCGUUAA